AUGGCUCCAAUCUCCGCCGACCUUCGCAAUGAUCUCGAGGAUGCCGCUAAUCGAAUGCGCGUUUCAGCCAUCGAGAUGACUUCAGCCGCAAAGUCUGGACACCCAACUUCUUCAACAUCCGCUGCGGAAAUCAUGGCGACACUUUUCUUCAACGAGAUGAAAUACGACGUGGCCGAGCCAAAGAGUCCACAUGCGGAUCGAUUUAUUCUUUCGAAGGGACAUGCUUGUCCGAUCUUGUAUGCUGCUUGGGAAGAGGCGGGUCUCCUCAGCCACCAAGACGUUCUCUCUCUGCGACGCAUCGAUUCCGACAUUGAGGGACAUCCUACACCGCGACUCAACUUUAUCGAUGUUGCCACUGGGUCGUUGGGUCAAGGGUUAUCGUGUGCUGCUGGGAUGGCCUACGUCGGCAAAAAUAUCGACAAGGCUUCGUACAGAGUUUUCUGCUUGAUGGGUGAUGGAGAGUCAGCUGAAGGUGCCGUUUGGGAAGCAGCCUCUUUUGCUUCUCAUUAUCAACUCGACAACCUCGUUGCGAUUGUGGACGUGAACCGACUUGGACAAUCUCAAGAAACUCAACUCGGGCAUCACGUUGAAGUUUAUCGCGAUAGGUUCGCUGCUUUUGGUUUCAACACUCUGAUCGUCGAUGGGCACAAUGUGGAAGAGCUUCUCAAUGCUUGGGAGGUCGCUCGUAACACAAAGGGAAAACCCACCGCCGUGAUUGCUCGCACUUUCAAGGGACAAGGAAUUGAAGGCGUUGCCAACGAGGAUAAUUGGCAUGGAAAGCCCGUACCGAACGAUAAGAUUGAUGCUAUCAAGGCCCGCUUUCAUGGUUCAUCAAAGGGAAAGUUGACUGCUCAAAAGCCGACGCAGGAUGCUCCACUGGUUGAUCUUCACAUUGGAUCGAUCAAGAUGAGUGAUCCACCGGCUUACAAAAAAGGCGACAAAGUGGCAACUCGGGCAGCCUACGGAACAGCCCUCGCUAAGCUUGGAAAAGCAAAUCCAAGGGUGAUCGGGCUUGAUGGUGACACAAAGAAUUCGACUUAUUCGGAAAAGCUGCUGAAGGAGCGCCCAUCUCAAUUCAUCGAGUGCUUCAUUGCUGAGCAGAAUCUUGUUGGAGUUGCGGUUGGAGCUCAAUGUCGUGGAAGAACCAUUCCUUUUGCCAGCACUUUUGCCGCUUUCUUCUCGCGCGCUUACGAUCAACUUCGUAUGGGAGCCGUUUCGUUCGCUAAUUUGAAGUGCGCCGGGUCUCAUGUGGGCGUUUCGAUUGGAGAAGAUGGACCUUCCCAAAUGGCUCUUGAGGAUCUUGCGAUGUUCCGCGCGAUUCCUGGAUCAACCGUCUUCUAUCCGAGUGAUGCUGUGAGUGCUGAACGAGCCACCGAACUUGCUGCAAAUAUCAACGGAAUUGUUUUCCUUCGCACCGGUCGCCCAGCGCUUGGAGUGCUAUAUGAGAAUGAGGAGAAAUUUGAGGUUGGAAAAGCAAAAGUGCUUCGUGAAAACGAAAAGGAUUCGGUGCUUCUGAUUGGCGCAGGAGUUACGCUCUAUGAGUGCUUGAAGGCAGCUGAUGAGUUGGCCAAAGAAGGAGUAUCGGCCUGUGUGAUCGAUCUAUUCACUAUCAAACCAAUUGAUGCGGAGACUAUCAUUAAGCACGCGAAACGAGUCGGCAAUAAAGUAAUCACCGUCGAAGAUCACUAUGCUGCCGGUGGAAUUGGAGAGGCGGUCUCUGCCGCGGUGGCUGAUGCGGGAAGCAUUCGUGUGCGUUCUCUCUGUGUGGCUACAGUUCCUCGAUCGGGUCCACCAGAUGAUCUCGUUGAUCUCUUCGGAAUCUCUGCGCGUCACAUCGUCACAGCCGUCAAGAAUUUCCAC